AUGUUAACCUUGAUUUCGCUUCUUCAGACCGUGAACGACCUACUACAAACCUCGUCAUGUACAUCGCGCGAAAACAGCUUCGAAGAGCGAUUCAAGUACGACGUCAUUUCUUCCUCGCUUCUCUCAUCAUCCCUUGCCGCGCCAGCAAGCGCUAUCCACCGCACAUUUGCGUUUGCGCCGGAGUUUCCUGGAAAGCUGGAUGACGGUGGCGGUGGGACUGAAGACGGGACCUCGCCUUCGGAUAGCAAGGCCCAUGACCGAUCUCUGGACUCAACAUCAGGAGAUCUCAACCUUUCUGGACAUGGACAGGAAUUGCCGAUUGCACUUCUAUCUAUCGCUAUAUUCUUUCUCUCGGCUGGUUCCUAUGUCUUUGCUGCCGUAUUCCUUGCUGCUGGUUUCUAUGCUAGACACGUUGUGCAGGCAGAUCAGAACACACACAGUUCUACUGCACAAACACUUCAUGAGUUAAACGAGCUCAUCUCGUCCGGAAACGUCUGGGACUCGGCUGUAAACGAGGCGAUCAUGCUCAUCGAAAACGAGGAGAGGAGUAUUUUCUACGGACCCACCAGUCAGCAAGCGCCGUCAUCUGCGCUCCGGAUGGCUCUGCAGUCUUCGCUGCACACGACGCAGACGCAGUGCGACAACGUGCGGCAGCUCCUCUCGGCCCUCACCGAUCCAGCGUCGCUCUCCCAGCUGACGGAAAUGUACGCGCCUUCCUCGCCCAUCCGGCCUUCGUCCAGUUUAAGCGACAAUUCGCGGUCGCCAUUGUCAGCGUCUAGCACGAUGAGGCCCUUCUCCCAUCCUUCGGCCAGCUCUUCGCGCCAACGGACGAUUUCGCUGCCGAACAGCAAGGUAGACAAGCGAGCGACCUGGAACGGGUCCUACGCCGCACUUGCUGGCGCUGGUAGCCCGACCGCUCAUCUGCUCAACCGUAAGAAGCAGAACCGGCGGUCCCACGUCACGUCACUGUUCCAGCCUCUCGGUCCCGAGGCCACGUACACGACCCAAAGCGCCCCCGUGAGCCCGCAGCCUCCCAGCCCAGAGGAUAGCAGCGGCCGGUUGAUGGAUGUUGUGGAGGAAGAGCACGAGGGGGAUGAGCUGGCGGGUAAGGGAUACUUCGGUGCUGCUGCGUUGGACCUGCAGCGUAAGCGGAGGUCAGUGGCGCAGGAGACUUUCGGUGUCCCACCUCCAAGCUAUACACCUUCGAAGUCCCCUUCCCGCGGCAGCCGUCCGCUUUCUCUCCUCUCACCGACGAUCUCUUCAUCAUCACGCCUAACCUCGGUGCACACGACGAGGCAUCCGCUAUCACUGUCAGGGCUGCACCUUGCGUUACAAGGUGCGCUCUCUGCCAAGCGCUAUGCGUGCUCACAUUUGCUCGCUCUGCGCUUCUCCGAGGACGAGGACGACUCAUACUGGGAGGAUGUCCGGUCCAUCAUGUCACUCCUCUCCAGCACGUUCUCGGACGCCUCCGCGCGGCUCAUCGAUGCGCUCAACGAGGCGGAGAAACGGCGUGUCAAAGACGAACACCCGACGCCGCCCCGCGGGAACACCCCGACCCCCAACGACAAAGAGCUCGGCCAUACCAAAGGGCACGAGCGGAAGGUAUCUCCGCUCCGCCACGAGUUAAACGCUCGCUCGCUCUUGGAACUCACCACGUUUGCGCCGAUGCCAAGCAGUAUGGCUCGACUCGCGAGCCAUAUUGAGACAAUCUCAUCCGCGCUGGAUGACGCGCGGGAUCACAUUCACGAAUGUGUCAAGGCGCUGCGGGAUCCGCUCACCCAUCGACGACCCGUGGAUGCGUCGAACGUCCAGGAGCACCCGGCGUUCCAGGCGUACGACCGGCUCCGGAAGGAGCUCGGGUUCGCUCUGAGGGAGUGCGAGCGCGGCCGGGAGCGGCUGCUCGACAUCCUCGUACCACCGUCACUUGCGCUCGCGGAAGCGGACGACGAGGAGGCGUCGCCCAACACCCCGGGGUUGAAGCAUGAUUGGGAGAGCGAGACGUCCGAAAAGGGCCCCGCUUCGCCAAAUGCGCAAGGGGCGGACUCGGACUCGGGCCUUGGGCUCACGCUGUCGUAUGGCAGGGAAGACAACGAGCAUGAGCACGAUCUGGACGACGCGACGGCGCACCUACUCCUCUCGGCGUCGUCGCAGCACCUCCCGCCCCCGGGGGUCGACCAGGUGUUCGAGGCUGAGUCCGGGAACGUGGGCGCGUUCGCGCGGCCGCGGUCGAAGCUGUCUCGGGAGGAGCGGAUUCAGCUGAUGAAGGCGAAGAGGUCGAGCGGGCGGCUGCUGUCCACGUCGUCUUCGUCACUCGCGUCGCCUGACUUAGAGUUGCCGAUGGAGAGACCUGGGAGGGAGAGGUGGGGGCCCGGAGGGGAGGUCGUGCAGGAACUGAAGGACGUGAUCUGGAAAGUGGGAGAGAGGAAGAGGAAGAUGUCGCAACAGGUACGGCGGGAGCCAGGGUCUGAGUGGGAGGGAGGAUUGGAGGAGAGGCGGGAGAUAGGCGACGGGAAGCAAGAGACGGGGAAGGAGGACAGGACGACCUUACAUUCCAUCCCGGUUCCGGAGAGGGAAACCUCUGUUUCCAUCGAGGUCAUUGAGGAAUCGCCCGUCGUGGAAGUGGAAGAAAUCGCAUACGAGCCUCAGCCAGAGGCGACGGAUUUUGUGAACGAGUCGGAAUUGGCGUACCUCGACUCGCCAUCGCCUGCGUUCUCGCAGCCGCUCCCUCCUUCGCAUGUGGAGUCCUGCUUCGUCCUGGAGUCUGGCUUGACUAUGGAAGAUACCUAA